AACUUCAUGGUUACUGUUUCUUGCUUCUUGUUACUUGUUCAUACUUAAUCUCAAUUUGUUUGUAUUAUGGAAAUUUAGGGAUCUAAAAAUCAAUGCAUGUCAUGUUAAAAGUUGUGAAAUCUGAUUCCAUUUGCUUCUGCUGCUGAUUUUUUUUAUGACGGGGAUAGGCUGAAGAGAGAAAGACACAUACACAUAGCAGUAGUUAUUUCUUGUGACUUAUGUGCAUCUGCAGGUUGGAAAUUCUGAUCAAAAGUUGGCAGAAGGAAUUUCCUUGUAUUCAGUUGCAGCUGAUAUGCAUGGGAAAGCAUCAAUUCUUGGUCCUCUAAUAACAGAGCAUGCAAAAGGAGGAAAGUGUAUUGUUUUCACUCAAACAAACAGUGAUGCUGAUCGACUGGCACAUGCUAUGGCAAGCAGUUUUAAAUGCGAGGCUUUGCAUGGUGAUAUUUCACAACUCCGGAGAGAGAGAACCCUCUCAGGCUUCCGAGAUGGACGUUUUAAUAUUUUAGUUGCUACUGAUGUUGCUGCUCGUGGUCUUGACAUACCGAGUGUUGACUUGGUAAUACAUUAUGAGCUUCCAAAUACUUCUGAAACUUUUGUUCACCGAACUGGUCGUGCUGGAAGGAAAGGAAGUGCAAUUCUUAUCUAUACUCAGGAGCAUAGUAGGGCUGUUAGGGUUAUUGAGCGAGAAGUUGGAUGCAGAUUUUCUGAGCUUCCUAGGAUCGAGAUUGAAGGUGGGAGCACCUACAUGUUCAAUGAGAUGGGUGCUGGUGGUCGAUUUGGAUCAUAUGGAGGUACACGAGAUCGCAGAUACAGAGAUAUGGGUUUUGUCCAUUCUGGUAGGCAGCAGGAAUAUGGAUUUGGCUGUCCUGAAGGCAACAGGGGUCUUGGAUUUGGUCGUAAUAUGGGUCAAUUUUCUGAUGAGAUGGGUGGCUUUGCAGGGUCUAGCUCUAGUCGCUUUGGUUCUAAUAAUCGGUCUGGAAACUUUAGAGGUCCUGCAGUCACUCGUCCAUGAGUACUAGGGGAGCUGGGUAAAUCAGAUUGUUCUAUCAGUUUUGGGAGCUUUGGUGCAAGACGUGGUUU